UGUUGUUGUUGUUGUUGUUGUUGUUGUUGUGCUCGUUGUUUGAUGUGACCUGGUUGUGUUGUUUAAUGUCGUCCAUCGUUGUUUGGGACAAUCCGUGCUCUGUGUUGAGUGUCGCUGUUCGCUGUUGCUUGCUGCACUUUCCCUGCUUUCGUUUCUUGCUUGUUUUAUGUCUGAUCCGUCGCCUUUAACCGACCAGACCCGCUCGUGCACAUAUCCUCCUUGUUCGCUUUCCUUCCUCUUCCUCUUCCCCGCUUUGUGUGUAUCUGGUUGUUUAUGGUGACCCAUUGUGUGAGGGACGCGAUUGUGGUUGUUGUCCUGUGCGACUGCGGCUUGCACUCAUGACGCAUCAGACAGACCCACGUACCGUACCGUCGUUGUCCCCCCCCCCCCUCUCAUUGUCGUGUCGCCUCUCUGUGUCACAUCUUUGUUUUGCUGGGCUCGCGAGCCCUUCUUUACCGUGCUGCUCGUCUCCCAGCCCGAGUGCCGUGUGCUUUUGCUUGUGCACUCGUUUAUUUGCUGCCAACCCCCCCCCCCCUCCCUUGUCGCAUCUCACCUCAUCCCUCUAUCUUCCUUGCCAUUUGUCCUUCCUUCCUUCCUUGGCCUUCCUUCCCCCUUUCUUCCAUUGUUCUUGCCAUCCAUCUUUCCUCCCUCGCUCAUCAACUCCCUCAUCCCCUCUCAUUCCUCUACGCCUUUCACCUUGCCCUUGUUUUCUCUUUCUUGCCUGUCUCCAUGUUGCUUGUCUUCCCUCCUCUUCCUCCUCCUCUUCUUUGUGUGUGCGUUGUGUGUGCCUGUUGCCCUCACGCCACACGUCGGUGUAAACCGCCCCAGCCAAGC